GGACGCGCGGGCGGGCCGGGACCCCCCUCCCCGCGGCGGACAGGCGGAGCGGGGCCAGCAGCCGGCCGGGUCCGCAGCGCCGCGGCCUGCCGGCGGGCGGGGCGGCGGCUGCGCGGGCGCGGAGGCGGCGCGCAGAAAAGGCCGCUGCCACCGCCGCCGCCCCGCGCUGGCCCGCGGCCGCCGGGGAGGGAGGGAGAGAGGCAGGGAGGGAGGCGGCGGCACUUCCUCCGCGGCAGCCCGGAGGCGGCGCGCUGCGCUGCGCUCCCCGCGGGGAGCCGCGGCCGGCAUGAGGGCCGCCUGGGUGCUGCUGACGGCGCUGGCCGCCCUGGCCGCCUACUACGUGUACGUGCCGCUGCCCGGCGCCGUGUCGGAGCCCUGGAAGCUGAUGCUGCUGGACGCCACCUUCCGCGCGGCGCAGCAGGCGUGCCACCUGAUUCACUACCUGAGACUCAGCCAUCACUUGGUAGUUCUGAAUUAUUUGAUUGGUACUUUUGACAAGCUGAAGUCCGUCUCUUCUGAACACAUUAACAUAACGGAUGCUGUUUUUGAUGGCGUGGAAGUCAGAGUGUUUGAACCUCCUGCAAAGCAAGAUGAAACGCUGAAGCGCAGUGUUGUUUAUAUCCACGGAGGGGGCUGGGCCUUGGCAAGCGCAAGAACAAGCCUUUAUAACAAUCUCUGCAGAAUUAUGGCUGAGUCUCUCAACGCUGUAGUUGUCUCAGUUGAGUACAGGCUGGUACCAGAGGUGUGCUUCCCUGAGCAAUUCCAUGAUGCUCUGCGUGCUACCAAGCAUUUUUUGCAUCCUGAUGUCUUAGCUGAAUAUUCGGUUGACCCGAGUCGAGUUGCAAUUUCCGGUGACAGCGCAGGAGGAAAUUUGGCUGCUGCUGUAUGUCAGCAGCUUAGCAAAGAUGAGCAUGUGACCAUCAGACCAAAACUGCAGGCCUUAAUUUAUCCAGUCCUUCAGGCAUUUGACUUUAAUACACCUUCGUAUCAGCAGAACAUGAAUAUGCCUGUUCUUCCUCGUUACGUCAUGAUAAACUAUUGGAUAGACUAUUUCAACGGUAACUAUGACUUGGCUCACUCGCUGCUGAUCAACAAUCACACUGCUCUUGACGUAAGCCAAGCUCUGUCUUUCAGAGGACGUCUGAACUGGACAUCUCUACUGCCUUCAUCAUUCAGAAAGAACUACAAGCCUGUAAUACAAACUACAGGCAAGGCUGAAAUCGUCCAGAAGAUACCAGCACUGCUUGAUGUACGAGCAGUCCCACUGCUUGCAGAAAAUGAAACUUUGCAGCUACAACCAAAAACUUACAUCCUGACUUGCGAGAAUGAUGUCCUGAGAGAUGAUGGGGUGAUGUACGCAAAACGAUUGGAGAACGCGGGUGUGGCAGUCACCCUUGACCACUUUGAUGACUGCUUUCAUGGCUGUAUGAUAUUCACGAUAUGGCCUACUGAUUUCUCUGCAGGAAUUCAGACCAGAAACAGCUAUAUAAAAUGGCUGGAUGAAAACCUCUGAGGAGAGAGUCUCUACAAGAGCCAGGCUGUGCAGCUCUAGUGUCCAUUGUUGCAAAGGAACAAACAACAGAAAAGUGCACUUUUCUAAAUUCUGACUUCCUCCGUUCAGCUGCACUUCCUGGGGGUUACAGACCACUAACUACAACAUUCACUAGCUUAUUGGCCUUGCCCAGGAAAGUAUUUUGUGAAAUACUUUUUCAAACUUCUGUUUUUGUUCUUUUCCCUUCAGAUGACACAAGCUAUUGCCAAACAUGAACAAAUGUUGAGCAAGGAGAUCAGCAUUCCUAAAAGAUUCUUAACUGGCUGAGUCUUUAGAGCUUCAACCCCUUAAUAUGAGGCCCAAAGGCCACGAUUUUCAAAUGAUGUGAUAUAAAGUCAAACACCUACAGCCACAUUUGGAUAUGUAAAAAAAUGAGAACUCAUUUUCAACAGUGUUGAGCACUUGAUGUCAAAGAAAGUGUGAGCAUGCUCACCUUUGUCAGCAGAGCCGUGCCUCUGGUUGUUAAGCAUGGAUUUAGGUGUUGGUUUUUAGGCACAUAGACAAAGAGAAUUUUAAAUUAAAAAAAAUAGUUGUCACUUCUAGGCAGUUAAGAUGAUGCUAGACAAGUCUCUCGGCCGAACAUGUGAUUCAGCUUUGGAAUUUGGUCUUUAUUGCCUUUUGGUUAUUUAUAUUUAAAAUAAGCACAGGACUAAAUGUAUUUUCCAAAAACAUAUUAUAGCAUACCUACAGAUAUGUAGUAUGAAGUAUUAUGUGUAGCAGCAAAACCCAGCUUGCUUAUGUGAGCUUCAAAAUUGACCACUUAUUUGGCUAAAGAAUGUGACUUUAAAGCAUCAGUUUUAUGACCUCCUUAGAGAAAAUAUUGAGCGUACUAAAAAUAAUUUGCUGUGUGGUUUGCACUAAUGUUUGUAAUUAAUAUUAGAAGUUUUUGUUCAUUGGCUUUCUUCUGUGUUCGUAGUGUUUAAUUCAUUAUAUUUCAUGCUUCCUGGAAGGAAGCAAGCAAGCAAAUAGAAGUGGGCUUUAACCUACACUGAAGAUUUAAAUCUGAACUUUGUGGCUAUACCACGUCUCUCUUGUAGAGUGAACCUAAAUGCUAGGUAAGAUGAUCUGGCUAUUAUGCAGCACAUCUUUGCAGUUUGAGCCGGUCUCUAAAAUUAAGACAAGCAGGACAGGGAAGUGAAAUGACUUGCGACAGGGCAUAUUGUCCAGGAUGUUUACCAUGCAAAAACGAAGGUUGUGUCAAAAGCCCCGUGUUUCUAGGCAAAGCGGAAAGAACGGCAGUCCCAUGAUUAAACUAGGAGAUUAAACUCACCCUCAGCUUUACCACAGACUUCCUGUAGGACCCCAGGAAAACAGCGUGAUCUCCUUGUGCCACGCUUUCUUCUUCUGCAAGAGAGGGAGUAGUCAUUUCCUACCUCACGAAGGAGUUGUGAAGAUAAAUGCGCAGACAUUAAUGAAGCACACUGAUACUACAGUAACUGGCAGGCACUGAACAGAUCCCUUAGCCUCUGACUUUUCAUCAUUCUUUAAUACCUGGCUCAGAACAGCUUGCCCCGUGACAGAUGGUGCUGUUGGACUGCUUGUUCUCUUAGGAUGUUAAUUAAUUUCUGGCCUGGCUCAUCUGAAAGGACACUAAGGUGGGGCUUUUUAGCUGUUGUGACAUCAUGAUGAAGGCAAUUUUGUUGGAGCAUUUCCUGUGGCAGGGUUCUGAAAAUCCUUUAAAAAUGCACUGGUAGAUCAAACUAGCUUCUGUAAUUUAAAAUACUUAUAGAGAAAUCCACUCUCACUGGCAGACAAAUAAGAAAAUGGCUUUGCUGAAUCAUUGCUUCCUAGAAAUAUCAGGAUGUUAAUAUGGUUGUCUGCAUUAAGAAAGGGUAUUAAUGGGACAAGGCCUCAAUGUAGACUUGCUUGUGCAGGCUGAAACCAAUUUCUGAGCAUGGGUUCACAUGGAGGUCACAAGCUACAGCUUUUUCACCAGCGGCCUCAAUUCUUCUCCCAUUUAAAUCAUUACAAAGACGCAAUGGGAUUAGAUCAACUGAAUGACAAUCUAAAUCAGAACGAAUUUUGGCCAAGAUAUCCAAAUAACUUAUGCUGUGGAAGAAUUUAAACUCUUUUCUGGAUUUAACCCUCUUUCUUCCCUUCCACUAUAAAUGCACCUUCAGUAGAUAAAAUUUACACUUAAAACAAACACCAGCCAAAGUUACGUCCUCUCAAAAGACAGAUUGCUAGUCUUAAAAUACGGCCUGUUCCAAAGCUCAUCUCACUGCAUGGAAACAGUUCCAUUUACCUGGCUUUAGACUGCGACUUCUAGGGUCAGAAAUUAUUUUUACACUGAGUUGUAACAAUAGGCUUCCCAUUGGUUCUCCCACUUAAAGAAUAAAGCAAUGUCAAAAAAAAAAGUGUAAUUUAUAUGCACCUGCAGUCAUUAAAAGAUAGUAGUAAUUGUAGGACCGGGAAAGAAAAACCCAAGUGGUUAAUAUUGCUAUCAAUUCUAUAAUAAUUAAGUUUUCCUGAGAGCUGCCUGCAAAGCUUUAGAUCAGCAUUUGUUUAUGGCUAAGUUAUAAAUAUCUGCUAUAAAACUAUAAUAUAAUUACUGCUGUGGUUUUUUUUGAGCGAAAUGAAAUGGAGAGGUGGAAUAUAUAUUCCCGGUGUUGGCUGUAAAUUUCAUUCAUGCACUGAAGCACAUUAAAGUCUCGGCACAAGAAGUGGUAGUAAGUCUGUAACUGGAUUGAAUGUAUAUACUAAGUCAUCACCAGCUUGAAGUGACACUCAAGAUGGCAGCACAACUUGGAUGAGAUGUUACAGUACAAACUUGUGUAUCAAAAUAUCUGGACUACUUUUAUCGUGCAGCUAUACAGUUUAAGUACACGAUAGUUGGAAAGAUGUGUGACAUAGCCUAUAACAGAAGAAAGGAGGUCUGAGUUACAGCUAUAAAAAGACCUUGUUCUAUAUAGCAGCACAAGACACUUGCUUCAAAUUCCGUGUAAACCUUGAAAUAAGCCUUAGUCACAUUCGCAUGGUUACUCCUACUUUUCCUUGUUCUCUUUUGUGCACACGGUCCCAGUGACCAAAGUUCAAAGUUUAUCAUUAUUUUCCAGUUGAACUGCUGUAAGCUCCCAGAAAGGGAGCACUAACUCAACUGAGCUCAAUUUGGCCUGACAGGCAUUGUUACACAAAUCCCAUAUCUGCUAGGAAAAGAUUAGGAUUAAUGCAUGUUACAGUACCUCAGUCUGUUCUUUUUCUAAAUGAUCCUCGUUCAAACAAAGUCCCACAUCUUCUGAAGUGUUUACUUGGGCAUACGUAGCACCUUCAUUCCUCAGUGAUUUUCAAAAAUAGUUUAGGGCACUCGGCACACUGUAGGAUCGGCUCAAGUAUCUGUAACAGAGAACAUUUCACAUGUGCAUAUUUACCUUAAAAAGAAGUCUUCUAGAAGAAGAUACUCAAUAAUUCAUCUGUUUAAUUUUUGUUAAAUCAGUAAGUAUGAAGAAAGUAGUAAAGCAGAAAGUACCUUUUGACAAUAGCUUUCUUUUUUUCCUCCUACUCCUACGAUUAGACUUCAUCCAUCCAUAGCAAACAUAUUUUGUUCUUGAUGGCCUUGAAAGCAAAAAAAAAAGUUCACAUAACAGAACCAAUAGUCAUUUGAAUCCUACUUUCACAGAUUUGGGAACUACAUUAGCAAUUCCACAGUGAUUUGGCCAGUAUUUGCUGAAAUAAAUGGAGAUUUUGUUUGUCUAGCUUAGAACCUCUUUAAGGAUGGGUGUGCAUAAAAAAAAUCACUAAUAACUUGAAAUGGCUAGUCUUCAUCUAUGUAGUUGCAAAAUUAUAUCCCUAGCUAAAGCAGAAAGGCCAUUGUGGGUUUUAAGACGUACAAACUAAAAAGAAAUGCUUUAUCUUUUAAAAACUGUUUUGUAGUGUUUGGGCCUUUCUGUGUUUUUCUAAUUAGGUGCUUUGUGGGUAUACUUUUUAAUCUUCUACUAAACUUUAUUAACAACUUUUUCCAAUUAAAAAAAAUGGAUUAAACUAGUUUAAACCUUUUAAGCUGCUAUGAUCCUCAAGUAAUGAUGCUGUUAAAAUCCCCGCUGCUUUAAUGUUCUCUUAUUUAUGAAAAUGCUUGAGAACCCAAAGAACAACAUACAUGAAUGCAUUCAGUAUCUUACACGACUGGUUUUUUUUGCUGCUUUCCCAAUGCAGGGGAAGAUCUUGUAAGAUAUAAUGAGCAAGUGUUAUUUAGGCAUGCUAUGCAAAACAAAGAACAAAUAAAUAAAGUGAAAUAUG